AUGUGUACUUCCGCUGAAUUUAUUCCUCGAAAAAGUCUACAUCUUCUUAUGGUUUUGGAUUGUAUUCGUCGGAGUUUUGACCUUCUACAGUCUACUCAAAUGUUUUUAUAUUCAUGGAGUGAGACAAAAGCCUUAACAGAAUUAAAUCCUGUCACUUUAAAACUAUUUGUACAUAAUUAUUUAAAUUUAGACGGAGUAUUCCUUCUAUGGUUAAUAUCUAUCAAUGCCGGGGAUCUAAUAAUCAGUGAUUUAAUUAUCGCUUUAUGGAAUUUAUUUGAAGCUAGACUCCUGGCUAUCCAAUCAGCAUCCUCACUGAUGUCGACAAAACCACCAACAAUGACUAGUAUCACAAAAGAUCAGAAGGACACUGCCAAUUUAUUCUCUCAGCCUGAUCCUAAUAAUGACUGCCCGAUUCAACCAAAACUAUCAUCAUCAACAUCGCUAAGGCUCAAGCAAACUAUUGAAUAUGAUCAACAGAUGGCUUUGUUGAAACCAUCUCCAGCAUACAUUCCAACCUAUCAUCAUACCUUGUGUCCACAUUCGAAACCAUUUUUAGCUCGACAUGAGUCACUUGAGCCUACAGUUUAUUUCAAUGCGGAUUUGUUAGCCCAUCCAACAAAAACAAGAUCAUUGCAUACAUGUUAUGGUGGAACACCGUUUGAUGAGACACGAGAUGUUAAUACUUAUAACAAUAGUAAUAAUAAUAAUAACAUGUACCGCAGAUCCGAUUUGUUUGAAAGUUCAGAUAGUAUUGUAUGA